GCGUGCAAAUUGAUUGAACAAAAAUUUAUUUGGUUCAAGAAUGGGUGACAAGGCAGAUUGGGGUGAUGGUUUUGUAAGGCAUUUGUUUGAUGUUUGCAAAGAAGAGAUAGAAGCUGGGAAUAGACCCAUGGGAAUUUUCACCACUACAGGUUGGAAAAAUGUUGUUUCCAAGUUUGCAGAAAAAUCGGGUGACAAGCGAACCAAAAAACAAUUGAAGAACAAGUUAGAUGUGUUGAAAAAGGAAUAUACAAUGUUUAUGGAGUUCAAGAAUUGUGCCACUGGUCUUGGAUGGGAUGAGGCAAAACAAACUAUUGUCUGUUCGCUGGAAUGGUGGGAAGAACACCUUGCUAGAUGCAACAAUCGUGAGAAAGGAAUCAAAUGCAAUCAUGUGAAGUUUCGCAAACAAGGACCAAAAUUCCUAGAUGAUUUGCAUAUCAUUUUUGGCAAGUCACAUGUUAGUGGGGCUUCAGCAUCAUGUCCUGGAGAUGUAUCCUCCGAUGAGGCAAGUGAUGAUGAUGUGGCUGAGGUACCAAAACCUGCAAAGACAGUGAACCCCGGAAAAAAUAAACGCAAGGGGUCAUCCACUAUUGUUCGAGAUAAGGAUGAGAAGAGCCCAUUCGCUCGUAUGUACAAGAACACUUGUUUGAAAUAGAAACGGCGGCAGAAAAGAUUUGUACAAGUGUUGAAGCAUCAUCAGCUUCUCCAUGCAAUGUAGUCCCUACCAUUAAAGAGGCUAUGAAG